AUGGGUCAGGGGAACCUCAAGUUUUCCUGGACUUCUUAUGAACGUGAGAUCCUGUGUUGCCUGUACCGCUUCUACUCACUCAACCAAGACACGCUUGAAACGCUUUUUUCGACCAUCUUUCGGCCGAAACUCCAGAAGCUUGACUUUAAAAAUCACAAACUCCCAGCACGCACUUUACAUGCACAGUGGUGCUGGAUGAAACGUGUUGGCCAUUCAGUCUGGCUUCGUGUUCAUCGAGAGACGGAAUUUCGACUUGACGAUGAGUGGAAACACAUCAUUGCUCAUAUUGAGAGCACAGCACAAUCAAUGAAAAUUGUACUCCAUCGGAAACAAGUUGACAUAAUUGACAUGUCUGAAAAUACCCCAACUGACGCCUCGGGUCGACGUUGGGAAUUUCUGGAUUCUGUUCUCGUUUCCAGUCAGAGUAACUCUGUUGAGAAUAGCCCUGGGAGUACCGAUCAUAUAUCUCCUCAGACAGAAUCGCAAUCGCUCGUCACGGCUCACGGCAAGGUCUGCUUUUGGUGUGAAAGAGAAGGACGACUCCCAGCGAGAAAUGAUCUCACCGAUAAACCCACAGGAGAAGAAGAUGAAGAACACACGGGGACUCUACCGAAGAUGCAUGAUGGUUCACGCCCACCUGAAACCCCGUUGGAUUCCACUGCUGAGGUAGCUGGCGUGCAUUCGCCACUGAUCACAAACUUAUCAAGCCCUUCUCCUAUGCUUGACCUCAGUGGAACCCCAAAUCUUCCAUCUAUUCUUUAUCGGUGGUCAAAUGACGACUCCCAAGGCGUCAACACUGAGACGCUUCUACUAGGUGAAUGUUUUGCAGGGGAAAAUGCGGGAUUUUACAUGCCAGAGAACGUAUCCCAGGAAGAAUUCUUAGAGUCAUUUAGACUCCAUGUCACGAACGAGAAAGUGAAAACCCCCUUCAUCUCUACCUUUGUUGGUCCCCUAGCUCCAGUUCACAGAGCUCUACACCAUCAAAAGAAUGCGAAGGUCACAAUUAUUGAUCCCUUCAAAGUCGAGACCCCCAUCUACUAUGCGUUUCCUCUUGCCUGCCUCACUUCAACUCUGAAGAAAGGAAGAUGGAUGGGAUAUGGGGAAUAUGAAAUCUGGGGCCGAGUCCCCGCCCCAGCAAUCAUUCGCUGCUUCCAAAUCUCGGAUCUGGAGGCAAUUGCAGAUGGCGAUUCUGAAAUCGGGAAGUUCUUGCAACUUUCCGUGAUGAGGAGUCACGAGCGGUGCAGCGCCAAGCUCCGCAAGUCGCUUAUGAAGAAUACAGACAGUACGGCUGAUCCUACCGGUGUAGUCGACCGACUUGUAAAGUCCCUUGGUGUGCCAGAGAAGUACAGGAAGGAUGUGGCAUCUGGAUUUCAGAGAUCGUGGACAACUCUGGUGGAGGAGAUCCCUAGAAAUGGUAGAGAAUCCUGUACAUCUGGCCUAAAUUGGGUUGACUCAUCACCCAGAGCUCGACGGAAUAGUGCUGAUUCGUCCUCCACCUACAAACCGUCAGAAAGUGAUGACGGUUCAUGCUCCAGUACGAGUGAGGAAACCCGGAGCCGUUCUAAGUCGGGAUCAUCAGACGCAGAGCUCCAAGCACACGAUACACCGAGCCCUUCCUGCCCAUCCUUUAGUACUUGCGACAGCUCACAUGUGUUGCAUGAUCAUGGCAUAUUGGAUGAUGAAGAUCUUGAUGGGAAUCCAUCGCCGUCUGAAUGGCCACCAAUCGAUGAGAACGAAGCGUUGGAUGCUAUGCCAACGCCCCGAUUUUCUUGGUCUUGA